GAGGCGCCAUAUCAAAACAAAACUUGUUAGGACGGGGGGAGUCGACGCAGGUGCAGCGCGCCACCUCCAGUACCUCACAGUACUGCCGGGCGUCUCCCUGCUCCUCCACUACCCCCUCCCCAGUACCUCUACUGCCUUGCCCCACCACCUCCAGGUGUACCCGCGGUACCUCAACAGUACCGCCUCGCCGCACCACCACCGCCACAGUACCUAACGCCUCCGAGGCUUCUCCCCCGCAGGCUUCGACCCACGCCUAAAUAAUUUCGGCCUAGGCCUGAAAUAUUUCCGUGAAGAUGACUGAUGAAUGGCGUAUAGCUAGCUUAAGUCAGACAAUUGAUGAAGAUGAUGAUGAUGACGAUGAUGAAUUGGUGCCCUCAACGCCUGGACAGGAGGAAAUUGAUAUGACAACUCCUUCACAGGACAGCACCUCCUUACUUGGCGUCAUGACAGAAUCGCAUGGCAUGGGCCGAAGAAAGCUCACUCCUGCUUUAUCUCUUGGGUUAUCGGAAGAUCCCGAGAGUGAGAGUCUUCCCUUCCUGGCUCUGGAGUGGGACUCGCAGUUUCCAGUCACACCUGCACAAGAAAAUGGACACUCUUCAGAUAAUAAUAAUUUUUUGAAGGGAAAGGCAGAGUCUCAAGAUUUUAAAGACAAUGAUGUAUCCAGUGAGAACUGUAACGGUCGAAGUGAAGCGGAACCAGGAUGUUCAGCUUUGUGGGGCACCAAAAGUGGAAAUGGAGUGAGCCGAGGUUCUAGAGGGAAUGGUGAUGGGGAAAGUUCUGCUGCUGGCAAAGAAAAGAAGACUGAAGGAACAGGAGGAGAGAAUGUUGUUGAUGAUGGAGGGGGAAAAUCGGGAGGAGGAAGAACAGGGGAAACGGGAGAUGGAGAAGCAGGCGAGGAGGGUGGCGGCGAUGGUGAUGGUGAUGGUAGCGAAGAGGAAAAGGAGGAAAGUAAAUGUGAAGAGGAGGAGAGUAGCCAUGAGCCAUCUAGUGACUCUAGUGAUGGGUUAUUUGGUACAACUUCAAGACAAAAGCAGACUGACACGGACAAGCCAUUUCCUGCAGUGAGCUCUGUGGUCCGGUCGGAGUCUCGACGAGAGAAGACUGUCGAAAAGGAAGCUAAUCCUGCAAGUGAUGUUGAAAUGGCCAGCUCCCAAGAAGACCUGUUUGAAAGUCAAGAUGAGGAAAUGACACCCUCCAAGCCACCUCAUGGGCAACUUCAUAUGGCCAGUGAUGUUGAAAUGAUGAGCUCCCAAGAAGACCUUUUUGAAAGUCAAGAUGAAAAAUUGGAAUCGCCAAAGGCACCCCAUGGAAAACCGCACCAUAUAGGUGAGGAUACUACUGCUGCUGUGACAUUGACGCCUGCUACCACUGUUCCCAUUCUUCACCUGACUCGGGAGGAUGAGGAGCAAUACACACCGUCUUCUCCGAGAAGGUUUGUACCGGAUACUCCAUCAAGUUUGCGAGUUGGUUCUUCUCACUUACACCCAUACCCAAGUUACCCCCGUACACAUGACCAGCCGAGGUAUCCCCAGUCAUCACCCACGAAGAGAAAGAGAGGCGAGCGGGAUGAUCUUACUUCUGAUUCAGAUACAUCACAGAUUCCAUAUAAACAGUGCAGAACUGAAGAUACAUCUGAAGCUAGUGAAUCUGGAGAUGACAAGGUUAUUGUAGAUUACUCGUCACUAACUCACAAGGAUGUAGAGAUCAGUCCGAAGCAACAGAAGCUACCGCCUAGAACAACAAAGCAUGUACAUCUAACUGGUAUAGCUAAAUCCAUUACUUUUAAGACUAGUGUUGAGAAAGCUGAUGACUCGGUUUGCCAUCCUGCUGAUGCACAGGAAAGUAGUGAACAGGAAAAGCAGAAUAAACCUAAAAGAAAAUUUCCAGUAGAUACAGAAGAUGAAAGUAGUGGACACACACGAACAGACAUUCCAAGACGGCUACCGAUAGACACUGAGGAGGAUAGUAGUAGCCCUCAGGAGAGUAAAGAGUCGCCACACAGCCCAACUCGUACAGAAAACAGUAGUAACAGUGGAUUAACUUUUGCAAGAAGAUCCAUCCCCAUGCCUGUAAGAAUGCAUAGUUCACCAGAAGACGAGUCUCAGAUGUCUGAUAAGGAUGACAGCGAUAUAGAGAUUAUUGAAGAUAAGGAUCGUAGUAUUGAGGUUGUUUAUGAAAAGCAAAAACGAAGUAGAGUAGACGAGAAUGUGGGAUCACAAGACUUUAGUUUAAUGUUGAGCUGCACAGAACGUGAAUCACAGUACACAGAAGAGGAGGCAGGCCAGAGAUUCUCCCAGGAACCAAUGUUUUCAGAACCUCUAAUGGAAAAAGAGUCUCAAAGUCUUUUGCCUUUGUCAGAAUCGGAGCAUCUUAAAUGCCACGACACACUGUCAUCGAGUAGUGACGAAGACUGUCAAAAAACUGACCAAGACAUUAUUGGGAGUAUGCCUGCCACUCAGCUUGAGAGAAUAUGUAAGCCAGCUAUCCUCACUCAACCAGAUAUUGAACCACUGAUCACAUUACCAAUUUCUGUGUCUUCUGAAAGUAAAGAAAAGCUCUUGAAUGCUAAUAAAAGUAUCUCAUCAGUCUCUCAGACUGGUGAUAGUGAAAAAAUGAUGGCAUGUAGUAAAGAAAAAGUUGAGUGCUCUGAAAUGGAAGGGAGUGCAAGUGAAGUACAAAGCAGCAUUGGAGAAGUGUUACCUGCUGACAGCUCUCAGCCAGCACAAGCUGCAACAAGGCUGCAGAUGCCCGAUGUAUGCACCCCGUCAUCUCAAGAUAACCAAGAAUCACAAGAAAGCGAGUCUGUGUUUGUUAAAGCCUCCAAGGCAGCCAAAGAAAGAAUUAAAAUUGAAGAGAAAUUGAUUGAAGAUAAGACAGCUGAAGAUAGAGAAUCUAAAUUUAAAACUUUAGGGGAAAGUUCCUUUGAACAUAAAGAAGCUAAGAGUGAUACUCCAGAUAUUAAAAUGACUAAAGAAUCUGUUACUGGUCGUAUUCUUGAAAAAGGAGGUACCUCAACUCCCAUAUCUGGCGUGGUUCUCUCACACUUGUCACAAAGCAUACAUAGCCCAAGUCUCUCUCAAGGUUCACCAGUGGUUUUUGCAGACGAUACCGACAAUGAAGGUGAAGGGCCUCUGCAUGUACAAAAAAAAAAGCUUUAUUUCCCAGUAAAAGCCACACAACCCUCAGAAAAGUUACCAAAGCCUUUAACAUUAACGUUGGAUGAAAGAAAAACCUCGACUCCAAACACAAGCCAAGGUAUUAGUCCAAACAUUUCUGGUGAAGGUGCCAGCUACAUUGACAAGGAGGCUCAUGGAUUAUCUGCAACGGAGACUUCCAAGUCUCGGAGCGUAUCGCCGGAAGAAGGUGGUGCUGCAAAAUCUUCACUAACAGCGAGAUCACCAGAUAGAGGGGCAAGCACCCCAGAUACAGAGCUUCUACCAGACAUUAAUAACUUGUCCAACAUUGAUGAUGUGCUGAAGGCAGGGUUUAUUAAAAAAAGGGAUUUAUCCAAAGCACCAGAAGAGUACAUUCAUCCAAUAACUGGGGAUAUAAUAUAUGUAAUUGAAGAUGCGAAAAAGAUGGCCAUCACCAAAUUAGUUUUUCGGCAAGUUGAGGCUGGAAGUGGGAGUAGUGGAAGUCGUCAUAGUAGGAUAUCUGAUAUAAGCAGCAUAUCGCGCACAACAUGCUCAUCAUCGGGAUAUUUUGGGGAUAAGAGUUCCUCCUCGUCAGGUUCUUCUCAUCGUAUGUCUAUAAUGUCCAUCGCUGAAUCUUCAAGGCUAUCGAUUGAAAGUAUCUCGACACUCCCUUCUCCGCCUCGUGGCAUUGAGACCAGGGAUGCUACAUUUGGGAAGAGUUUUUCUGAUGAUGGCAUUUUUGUUAUUCCUGCAGCACGACCGAAGAGUGGAAAGGGAAUGGACAUUCUUUCAAAGUCGCCUGAAAAAUUAAUUCAAGACUCUUCAUCAGAGGUAGAAAGAUUAAGCGAGUAUAGUAAUCUCAAGGGAUCUUCAACAUUAUCUAGUAAUGAUGAAAUAACAGAGCAGAGGGGUAAGGGAAGGGGUCGUGGCCGUCCUCGCAGCCGUGGCAGCAGAAGAGGUGGUAACUAUGGGACUCAAUCAAGAAGUUCUCCAGUAAGAGGUCGGGGGCGAGGUCGAAGCAAAGUUAUGGCCAAUAAGCAACUUCCUCAGUUUGAUGAUAUGGACUAUGAAGAAGAAUCUCUAGAGGGUAUUCAACCUAUAGCUAGUACUGUUUUAACUGAUAACACUAAAGACUCUCCAGUCACAAAGGGUGUAGAUCCUGUUGCCGACUUGUUUGAUUCCCUCCCGUCUAAUGUCUGGAAAAUGCUUGAAAACUCUCAGGUUCCACUGUCAGAAGAGGAGGAGGAAGCAUUUGUUGGGCAAGGUGGUACUGACGCAGAACGGCAGCUAGCUCAAGUUUUAAAGCGUGUGAGGGAAGUAGAGUUGGAAGUGGGUUUGUUAGUGUUUGCCCGUUUCACAGAUAAUAACUAUUAUUCUGCCGUGUUGAAAGAACAUGAUGGUGCCGAUCGUUGGCAUGUACAGUUUACACUGGACCAACAUACUGCCUCUGUAAGGGAAGUGUAUUUGUUGCCCACUGAUUUAUUACCUCGUGGUCAAACUUGCUAUGUUCGUCAACAAACUGAGCAUUAUUGUGACCCUGGGGUUGUAAUAGGCCAUGUACGAGUUGGGGCAACAGUGUUACACAUAGUGAAAACUGAUAGAGGAGUGACUCAGCGUGUACCCCACUCUCACCUGUUACUUACAAGCCCACAAGCACACGUUAUUUUACAGGCACGAUUGGCCUUCCGUAAUCUUGUAGCAUCUCCGGGAAGAGAUAUUUCUUUAGACAAUAUUGUCGCUGGUAGACGAAGGCGCAUACAGCCUGAACAAUUUUCAUCACCUCACUCCAAAAAGGAAGACGACAAUCUUGAUACCAGUGAUGCUACUGCUGGUGAAUCCGAGGAAUUUUGUUCUGUGUCUGGUAGAUCUCCAAGAAAAGGUGCUGCUUCUGCUAAAGGUUCCAGAGUGGCCAGACAACAGAACUUGCCUGUUCUCUCUGAAGAGAGUGAAAGUGACACUGAAGCUACACCAGUCAAAUCCACUCCCAAGGGCCGCAGACGUCAAGGCACUCCCAGAACACCCCGUACUCCCCGUACACCUCGUACUAGUCGUGCUGUCGGAGCAACGUCCAGUGGUACAACUUUGGAGAAGGAACUUCUAACCACCAGGUUACAAGAACAACUUCCCAUGCAAGUGGUGGCACUUCAGGCAACUGAUACACCCCUAACUCCACCCAAGAAACGUGGUCGGCAGCCAGCCAUUCAGUCUUUGGAGAAUACAAUAGGUCAAAGCAGUGGUACCCAGACUCCAAAAUCGUUACAAACAUUAGAGGAGGAUAUGCCGCUGGAUCCUCGCCUGGGUCCACUUCCUGCCGAAAAUUCUCGAUUAUUUGAAGGAUAUACCGUCCUUUUGACAAGUGGUGACAGCAGCAUCAAGAAACGCCAGAGUCCAGAUGAUGACGAUAUUCCAUUUGAUAAAGGUUAUAUGACCACCCAAAUAACUAGAGGUGGUGGCAAAGUGCUUGACAAAUUUUCUGAAGCGGAUAUAAUUCUUGCUGAACAAGGAAAAGCUGCAAGUGGUCGCCAGACACCUUCUAAAUCCAAGAAGAAAGCUUCAGCUGCCCUCAGUACAACUCUUCUCCUCAUCUCUAACACUCACUGUAGAACUGCCAAAUUCAUACAGUGCUUGGCAGCUGGUAUCCCUAUUGUGUCUUUCCAUUGGGUUACAAGCUCCUGUCGAGAGAAUAAAAUGUUCCCAUGGACAAAAUUCUUGCUACCAGCUGGUGAGAAUGAAUCUGGAGACAUAAUAGAGCAGAACAUAAACAAUGAAAUGCACGUGGCAGGCCCUCGACAGAUAUUAGCAGGCGAACGCAUUUUCUUAGCAACUUCUGCCAAUCCCGAGUUCAGUCCACUCUGGCAACCACUUCUAGCUAUGAGUGGUGCUAAAGUUAGAGAGAAGCCAGCUAAAUCAGGCACCUUAAACAGAGUUCUAGACAAAAGCAUAACUGUUGUGGUAGGAGAUGGAACCAUCCCAGAUGAUGAGCUUCAGCGAGCAGAACAGCUUGCAGUCCCUGUGUUAUCAACCGAAUGGGCCAUUCAAUCGCUUAUUGCAGGAAGACGGCUUGCAUAUACAGCCAAUCCUAAAUUUCGACACGUACGAGACUCGGUGGGUGAUAAACUACAAAAGUAGAUAAAAAAUAUUUUACUUACCCAUUAAGAUUUAUACAUAUGUAAAGAAUAUUAACAAAAAUGGAAACAAGUUUUGACUUUCCUCCAGUUAUGCAUUAAAUAAGGUGUAUAUAAUGUGUAAUUAUCAUAGUGUCUGUGCCACUUGAAUUAUAUCAGUCCAUUAAAAUGUGGAAAAUUUAACUAAUUUCAUUCUGAAUAAAGAGUACUUGAUUCCAUAUUUUUCUAUACAUAUGUAGUUUCCAGUGAUAUGGCAACUCUUGUCGUUCGAUGUGUGUCUUCACCAUUUUAAAAUGAUGUAAAUUAAAUAUUGAGGAGGUAUACAGAAUUUUGUACAUAUACAGUAUAUCAGUUUUUACUACAUUGACAAAAGAAAAUAUUGAAUAUUUUCGAUUUUCACUUUUAACCAACAACCUGAAUUUUUUUUAUUCGACUCUUACUUUUUGUGGAUUUCUCCCAGAACAUUUGUAAUAAGUGAAUAUUUGACAUAAACCAUUUCUCUGCACAUAAAUGUUGUUUGAAAUUAAUAUGUUUGGGUAAUGGAUAUUAAAUAUUUAAUGUAAACUAACUCCACGUUUGGAGAAUGAUAAUUUGAUGUGAAUCAUAUACCAGCUCUCCUUAAAAAUUUAGGUUUGUAGAAUAUGGAGUUUAUAUGAUUAUACGAGAUCAUUUUAUACACCCACAUACAUGUAAAUAACAUCCCCCAAACUUUCAAUUGUAUGCAAAUCAAUAGCUACUAUUACUAGAAGCAAAUUUUUAAACCUCUGUACCCUGUGCAAGAUGAUUAAUGGUAUUUUUUUGUUUAAUGUAUCUCGCUACCAUUUGAUUCGAACCUUAAUUUGUCAUACUUGGUCUGCUUUUCAAAUUUACUUAAUUUCAACUGGUACCCAAGUUGCAUAUUAAUGCCUGACAACUCUUACCAUUGACUUUGGUGUGAAGCAAAGAUGAUCGUCAGACUUAUGUGCCAUGUUUGUCAAGUAUUGUGCAUGCAACUUGGGCGACGUUUAUGGUACUGUACAUUUAGAAAUUGUUUAAACAGUGGGUUAUGAUGAAAUAACUUGUGAUGUCUCACUGUUGAUUUACUUGUGCAGUGGGUUUCUUUACUUGAAAAUACCUAUUAAAAAAUCCCAAUUGUGUAGUAGAGUGGUUUUGAUGUUGAGUACUUGACUGUGUUGAUACUGGUCUGUGGUAGGUGUUAAAGCACAAACUGUUAAGCAUUUAUACACAACUUUGUAUAUUAUUUGAGUUUGUGUAUCUGCAGACAUUUUUAAAAGCUUUCCUCUAUCCAUUUUUAUGCAUUUAAAUUUUAUUUGCGUGCAGUCGCAUAUCCUAAUAUUUUUAUUUUGAAUUGUAAGUUACAAGAUAAUUUACCAGCCAACUGAGGGGGGGGAGGGGGGUUCAUUGUGAUAAAAAUAUAGCAUAUUCCCCGGUAUUUUUUGUCAACUCUGGCUUCAGCCGGGGAUCUCUUUACUUUGUGUAAAAUUGUAAUUUAAUUACUAAUUAUAGUACCAGUAUAUGCAAAUUUUGAAAUUUUUUAACUUCACAAAGAAAAAAGGAAAAGUGCAGUGUGUGUUUUUUUACCUGAAUAAAAUUCAUGAUAUACACCUUGUGAGUAAAGGUCAAAAUUGGAAGAGCUUUAAUAAGUGGUGAAAAUGUAAUAGUUUUAGCUAAAUCAACAUCAUUUAAAAAAAGUGAUGGUAGUCAACGGUAUAUUUUACAUUUUUCUUUUCUAUAAAGUUUUGUAGAUUGAUAUUCUGCUUAUUUCUGUACAAGUUUUGUAUUUGGGAAUACAAAUUGUAAUAUUGUGGUGAGGUGUAAGUAAAUGCUAGCCAGCACAUUACACAUGGAAAUGUGAUGCUGUUUAGGUACGUCUUGUACCAUGUUCAAGUUGAAGCAUUAAUAUGCCUCUAAUGUGCAAUUUGUGUUUGGUUUUUACAAAGAGGGUUCUAUUUAAAUCAAAACAAAAGCACAACAUGUUAAACGUCAUUAUGUUUUUCUUGAUAUUGUAACAUUUCCUUGUCAUUAUUAUCAUAGGUCAUUAGUGUUUCCAAGUACAGUGUGUUACUGAUUUGAACUUGAAGCCUGAUUUAGAAUUACUGAUCUUGGUUGGCUUUAGAAGUAUUUAUUACCAUGUGAUAUUAUUGGGUUACUUGACGACACUGUAGCAUCAGUUUGUGUUCUCCAUUGUCUCGCUUUCACACAACUACUUCAAUGACUACCAUUUCCUCGUUCAUUAUUUUCCU